UUUAAGGGGCUAAGGUGUUUUUGAGGGCAGAAGUUGUUAAGGUAGAGGCAAGAAAGGAAUUUUGAGGUUUUUGGGAAUUUUGGAGCUUUUGGGGGUUGGAAUAGGUGUUGUGGUCUUUGAAUGGACUAAGUUGGGAGAGAAUUUGGGUAAUAGAUAUCUUAAAUUUUCGUCUUGAUCUUUAACCAUGGUUGUAUCUAAAAGUGGAAUUUUGGCUUUGAACUCAGGAAUGACUUAUGAAACCUCUCCAAUCAACCCUCAAAAUGCACCUAAAACCUCUCUAAUCUCAGGAACCACAACAAACCUGAUCUUCUCAAACUUUGGAUGCUCUCACAACACCACAUUCUCCGUUUCAAAAUCCCUUAUCAUAAUAUACCCAAAUCCCACACACCUACUCCAUUUACUUCUCCCCUCUCUCUUAUUCACUCUACCCCAUUCUCCACCAAGUCCCAACUCUCAACCUCCAAACCUAAUGCAUUCAGCCUCCCUUCCUCUCCUCCAAAUCCCUUGUGUUUCACCCCACCCUCCCUCUUACACAAAGCAAGCUGUGGAUGCUUAA